GCGCGGGGUUUAUCUAUAAUUGCCCUGAUUGAGUUGCGCUGGCCCUCAUCGGGCAUGCCGUGCGGUACUGCAUACGGAGCGAACGCAGCCGACUGGUAAAGAUCAUCAUGGGUGUGGCAAGGCGGCCAGAGCUAACGGGUAGCGGAACGUCAUGGGCUGGCUGGGGCCCGUUCUGGUGGAACACAUGACUGCUGUGCAGGUGGAACCUUUGGAGGGAGCUGCGAUGAGGCUGCGCGAAUACGGCGACUACGAAGGAUGAUCGUGAGUAUAAAGCUCGACCGUGCCGUUGCUGGAAAACUGCACUCAUCAGCUCCUCCAUACUCCGUCGACGCCUAGCAUACCUCAGAAAUUCUAUCAUCGCAUCGACCACCUACAAAACCAACUAGCAUCGUUCAAAAUGAAGGCUUCAUCCAUCGCUCUCACCCUUGCAGCAGCUGCCGUCACGAGCGCACAGGAACCGUUCUACAACAUCAGCUCUGCACCUUUCUUCUUAGUGGUCACAUCCGAAGACGGAAAAGUCAAUGACACACUGAGCGCCUGCCACGUCGGUGCAGCCAUCGAAUCACUCUGCCUCAGCAACGCUGGCGUAGGUGACAGCCCAGAACCCCUGGACGGCGCACAAUUCCAAUUCAACACAUCCAUCUACUCUCAAGCACCAGAGGACGGCUUCGGCGUACCAGGCAUCUUGACAUGGUGGUUGAACACCACUACCCUCGACAUUCCCUCGUCAGCGGCUUUCAACCUAGACCCCACCUCCAAUCUCGCAGGCAUUACUCUCAGCCCCGGAAGCGGAAGCGAUACGACGUUGCUAGCUUUCGACUCCCAGGACGAACUUACUUUCCAGGCCUACGUCCGUGGCGAGAACAACACAGGCACCUACCAGGAAUUCUACCGCUGGUAUGCAUGCGACACGGACUAUGCCAGCUAUAGGUACAACAACCUGGCAUGGGGAUUGGGUGCGGGCAAGCCAGACAACCCAACCUGUGUCUCGGUUAACGUGACGAGGGUGUUUGUCUAGAGGGAAGAUUGCGAUGGAAGAAGCUGUUCCGUAAUGGUUGGAUGAGAAGAGGGGACAUGGAGGAGGACCCAAUCGGGAUUUACGACUUGACGUGCUACGCAGAUAAUGCUAAUAGAUAAUGACACUCUUUUACCAUGCGCUAUCAGUUUUACAUGUG